ACUUACAAAUGGGGGCAAAGAGAAACAACGACCUGUCUCUAAGAAUUUUUUAACUCAGAAUGUGUUUAAUGAAAAAAUGAAAAUGAGAAAUUUACUGAGCGUAUUGUUGACGUAACCUCCUCAUCUUACACGUUUCUUAGAUGUCACGUGACCUCCAUGUAUGGUCGGGGAUUUAGCGCCGACACCUCGUGAAGAUCUUCUGCGAAUAAUGACUUUUAUUUGCGACAACGACAAUCGAAGCGAAAUUUUCUGAGUGUUCAUAGAAAUAUAUCGCAAUGCCGAAAGGCAAAGCGCAAGGAAAGGGAAAAAAUAAUGCUGGAGCUGAAGCAAAAGAAAGUAAUGCACCAAAACAAAGUAAAGGAGGAACUUCUGUUAAGGUGAGGCAUAUCUUGUGUGAAAAGCAAUCAAAAGUUCUUGAAGCUUUAGAAAAGUUAAAAUCUGGUAUGAAGUUUAACGAAGUUGCUGCUCAGUACAGUGAAGAUAAGGCACGACAAGGGGGAGAUCUUGGUUGGAUGGUUAGAGGAAGUAUGGUUGGACCAUUUCAAGAAGCAGCAUUUGCACUACCUGUUAGCAGUUUACAAAAUCCUGUAUAUACUGAUCCACCUGUUAAAACUAAAUUUGGGUAUCAUAUAAUUAUGGUAGAAGGAAAAAAAUAACUUUAAUUAUACUAAUUGUAAAUAAAGAGCUUAUUUUGUAUAAAUUUCUUCUUAAAUUAUUUAAUUGCAAUUCAGUUUUAAUUCAUACUACAGGUUGUUAAAAUUCUUAAAAGUGAGACAAAGAAAAUGUGAUCUCAACUGUAUUUAGGAUGCAAAUUGUGAUCAUGUAUUAAAAAUAAUCUGUUAAUAA